CAUCGUAUCGGUCGUACUGGUCGUGGUCAUCAGCGCGGUUUGGCCACCACAUUUAUCAAUAAAUCCGUUGACGAGUCCACCUUGCUGGAUUUGAAACACUUGCUGAUCGAGGCCAAUCAACGUGUACCGGAAUUCCUCGUCGAACUCGCCUCAGCCACUGAACACGAAUUAGAAAUGGGUGGUGAAGUUGGUUGUGCUUAUUGUGGCGGUUUGGGUCAUCGUAUUACACACUGUCCGAAAUUGGAAGCAAUGCAGAACAAGGCGGCUGGCAAUUUGGGCCGCAAGGAUUUUCUGUCCUCAGCAGACUAUUGA